AUGAAAGCCUUACUUUUGAGUGCACCUAUCAAGACCACAGAGGAGACCAAUUGGUCAAAGCCAUUGAACAACUAUCUACUAUCUGUGUACGGGAACACCAGUGAGUUUCAAGGAGAUUUGAAAAAACUCAAUGAGCUGAGAAAAGCUGUCCAGGCUAUUGAGGCAACAGAACUUGGUUCUAGUGUCGAAAACUGUCUCACUUAUUAUAGCCAAUUGGAGCUCUUGGACUUACGUAUAAAGAUGCUGGCGCUAUUAAAGCGGAAGCAGAUCAAAUUUACUUGGUCAGAUGCUUUCUCGCCAAGUGCAGAGAGUACACAGACAGCAUUACCUUUUGAGAAGGCGUCUGUGCUUUUCAAUCUCGGCUCGCUGUUGAUGAAGGCCGCAGGACUGAAAUAUAGUGACGCAUUCAAAAGCACUUCCGCAGACCUGGGCGAGAAAGAAUUCAAAGAUGCCAUACAGUCAAUGCAACAGGCUGCAGGUGUGUUUCAGUACAUAUCGGAGAGUUUCCUCCACGGUCCUCUGAGUGACUUGAAGCCAGUCACAAUUAAGUUUUUGGAGGGAUUGUGCUUGGCUCAAAGCCAGGAAAUAUUCACGUUAAAAGUCAUAGAUGGUGAUCUUGAGCAAAAGAAAAAUUCGUUGAUUGCCAAGCUCUGUGCAUCAGCAGCUAAGUACUAUGAGGAUUGCCACCGUAGCACGGCUCAUUUGAUGCAUGAAGACGAGUAUUCAGUGCUGGGCGACUACGGGGGUUUCACAAUCAAGGAAACCGGGCUUGAUGAUGAGGUUCUAGAUUUGGAAAACCAGGACGACGAGCUGCUUGCGGAUUAUGACCCGGAGUCUAGUGAAGCAAACAGUACCAAGGUUCCUGCGCACCUAAACGCUUCUUGGGUCGCAAUUUUUCGUGCCAAACACCUAUACUACAAAUCCUCAGCAUAUUAUUUCCAAGGUUUACAAUUGGAAGCCACAAAGAAGUUUGGUGAGUCGAUUGCCUGUUUGACCAAAUCCUCCGAAGUUCUUGGCCAGAUUACAUCUGGACUUUUGGAGUCUGUUGGCAAGUCUAAGGGCCAUAAUGUUUAUGACUUUUUGGACAACAUCGAGUACCAUAAAGAUGCAUUGAGAAUCAAAUUGGCCGACCUUACAAAAGACAACGAUCUCAUAUAUCACGAUAUUGUUCCAUCUCUUGUGACGCUUGCCGAGCCCAAAGCCAUGAACAGCGUCAAGGUUUUGCAAAUGAGCAAGAUCGAAGCCUUCAUGAAGAUCAACGAAAACAACUACAACACAUUUUUGAACAACGUUGUUCCAAUCACUAUUCACGAGCUUCUUAGUUUCUAUUCGGAAGAGAAAUCACAGUUUCUUAGAAACGAGCUUGACGCGGUGGAUGUAUCCAAUGAAGAAUUGUCUUCGGCUUUAGAAUAUUUGAACUUGCCUCAAGCACUUGUUAGUAUCAAGGAGAUCACAUGUGCAGAGAAGCCUCUAGAAUAUGGAUCUUGCAAUUCAUACUUGGACCCAGACACGCUUGGUAAAGUCCUGGAGAUCUCGAGCAAUUACUCCCAAGACACAACUAACAGAAGCACGAUAGUUCAGUACAGAAGAGAAAUUAUGGAUUGUGUUAACAAAGGCGAAGCUCUUUUGAACUCGGCUCCAUCGAGUGCUUCUGAGGGCCAAUUUAGAGAUGAUCUCAUCAAAUUAAAAAAAUCCCUUUAUGAGGCCGCAAACUCCGACACUAGGCUCUUUUCUUUAAUCGACGACGAAAACAGUUCUUUUUAUCACACCCUUGGAAAAGGUGUAUCCUCGACGGAAUUCAAGAGUCUUUUCCUGAUUCCAGAUUUCAACAAGGUGGAUGAAACAAACAGCCAGGAACCAGAAAUAAGCUUGUUGGAUGUUGACGACAGUCAGCUUAAAAAAUUGUCUGUCAGAAUCGAGGACAAGAUCAAUUGGCUUGAGGAUUUACUCAAUGAACUCAACAUCGUGAAAGCUAAGAAGGCCAAACUCAUUUCCGAGUUAAAGAAGGAAAUUCACAAUGACGACAUUUCUGACAUUCUUCUCAUUAACAGCAGGGUCAAGUCUACCGAGGAGAUCAAGUCAAUCAUUUUUCCGGAGGAGUUGAAGAAGUUUGAAGUAUUUCUGAACAGCUUGAACAGCUUGCUUGACCAGCAAAAGUCUUUAAUGGAAGACGUGAAGAAACAAUGGGAAGACCUAAUCUCGAGUCCUAAGGUGAAGAAUAUUCAGGCGUCUUCAACAUUCCGGACUGGUCUUCUUAAUGAACAGAAGAGCAAAAUUGAUUGGUUUUACGAGAACAAUUGGAGAAAAUACACGGCGGGCUUGCAGAGAGGUGUUGGGUUUUACCAUCAGCUUCUCGAAUACGCUAGAAGUCUCUGCAAUACUCUUGAGAAACAAUUGCAAACGGGGCUGUUUACCCAAUCGAUGGGGUCGCUUAGCUUGGGUGAAAAUGUUACAGGAGGGUCGUUUGGCUCUCAAACAUCUCAAGCCACACCGCGCUUUUUCGCGGCGCCUGGGCAAGGCAUGGGUCAGCAACAAGGCUGGAGUACGCAUGUUAACUCAGGAGCGGCCCGGAGACAGCAAGCACAAUGGACUGCGAUGGAACCAAAGAACGGAGAGCGUCUGAAUGAGUAUCCGACGGCGUUUCUCUCGGGCACACCUAAUGCACCACAGUUGCCUCCAAAGAGACCAUCACAAAGCUCAUUUACUGGGCAAUAUGGUUUGUCUAAUGCCGCAGUGUCCCACAGCCCCGACACGAACGCGCAAAAGGCUAAGCCUUCGUCCGAUUUCAAUCCCGGGCCCCGUAAUCCCAGAAGCAGCAGCGAGUUGAUAUAUGACCAGCCCUCCACCUAUCUGCCUAACAUGUAUGAUUUUUUUGCACAGAACCGUGGGUGA